CGAAUCUGUGAGAGUGUGAGACAGUUCUGUUGUUACCGUUGAAGAACCUCCAGUAGCUUUCGGUUCAGUCUUCUCGCAGUCUUCGCUUUAGCCCGUUCCGAUCUAUCCGCCGCGCUCUCUCAGUGUUUUUCAUUGUCGAAAAUUCACCUGUAACUCACUGUCAUCGCGCGCCCGUACUAGCGUAUUUUUCCGAUCCGUAAUUUCCGCGCGUCGACCCUUUUCUUGUUGUGGACACUUUGCGAGUUCCUCCGAAGAAUAGGUAAACACCAACGCAUCCAAGAAACAUUCCGUGUGUGACUUUUCGGGAAUAGGAUCGAACUGCUCAGUUCAUAUCGUUGGUACCAGAAGAGAGAAAUCAACAAAUCAGCAGAAGCAAGUGCGCCGAAGAUAACACCCGAUCAAAGUUUAUCAACAACCGUAAAAGUAGAAAAAAUAAGAAGAAAAUUGAUUCAAGUGGUACCCUGGCGAAAAUCAUCAGUGCAACACGCACGCACAGCAAGCAGUAGUAGAGGAAGAGAAGUGUUCCACCAGUGUCCUUUCCAUAAACAAAACACAUUCGCACUUUGUUACUAUAGGGAUUCCCUCCAACUGAUUUCCUACCUGCUACCAACCCAAAACAAAAACAUAAAGUCGAAUCAGUUCAAACCGAAUCGAAACGUUGACGAUUACCAGGGCGUUCGCGUCGCGUUCAAACCUAGAACACUACAGCAUUAGAGGCUAUCCUUAGAAGCGUGUUUUGCUCUGUAACGAUUGGCGGAAAUUCGCGGUGACAGACCAUAGGCAAUUGUGUGCAAUUUUUAUAACCGUAAGUUUAAAAAAAACCGGCGGUCGAAAAGAAGUAUACCUGAGAAAAUUUUGUUGAGAUUUGUUUUUGUUCUAAGUUGUUGUAUCAAAACAGAAAAAAGAAGAAGAACUACAUUUAAUAUUACGUAAAACAGGAGAUAGUGAGGACGAUCGCGUUGCGCGAAAUCUGAGAUUUAUGUAAGCUUAGAAUACGCCAGCAGAUAUUGCUCAAUAAUUACGUUACUCGUACUCUCGAUGGUAGCAAACAAAACGAUCAAGUAAAUAUUUUCCGAGCAUUUUAACCAAAGAUUUUGUCCCUUUGACCAUCAAAACAGAAAAAUAAAAAAAGAGAGGGAAAAACCAGUUGAUGUCGUGACGAUUUUCGGUGUUUUUGUGCAAUAGCGACAGCAGAAAAAAUUUCUAGCAUCACACAACUAGACUUAAAUAAAUACCUAACUAUAACUUAAGUAGUGCUUAAGCGAGAGAGACAAUCAACAUAUCAAACUGAACGGUUUGGUUAUAUCAGCUUCGUACCGCAAUCUGGUCCGACUGUUCGAUCUUUGAUAAAUCCUCCGUGUACUGAAGAACCACACACGAGUGAAGAUAACUAAAGAAAACAAGUUUCUUCUUGGCCUUACGCCACCGCCCUCAGCCCCACGGCUGUUUUGUGACCGCGAAGCGAAAGAAUCUCACUACAAUCCACUACCAUUAGCCAGUCAGUCGGCGUCGGUUUUAAAAACGCCAAAACUAAGAAUUGAUCGAGAGGGCAAAAUAUCAAUAAUAACAACACCGAGAGUUGGGUAAGAUCGGGAAUCGGAACACCACCGAACUUGGUAAGUGAAGUUAUAUAAGAAGAAAAACAAACAACUCCGCUAAAGAAGAAAAAAGGCAAUUGUUUACACCACGAAGACGAGGACGAGCACGACGACGUCGAGCGCGCAGCGAAGUGAGCCUGUUGAAAAGUUCACGCGAGAUUUUCAGGUUUUUCUACUGCUGCUGUUGUUGUAGUUGUUAUUCUUGUUCUUACCUUUUUUCUUCGUCUGUGCGCUCGAUCGCCGCGUUCGGCAGAGGAAGAAGUCCAACACAGCAAGAAACAAAAACCGGUUUUAUAUAAUCAAAAAUAAUUACUACAAAUACAUUUCUUGGUGUUUCGGUUCUCGUGUGGGUUCUGAGGAGAAGAGUGUGUGGCGCGGUGUGUCAUAGAAUCGCUGGAAGAACUCGCGCGAUCGCUUAUUAUAGACCAACCGAGAGAUUUUCUAAAAGCGAAGGGAGAGGUGUGUGGAUUCAGGCAAUUGAUUUUCCUUCUAUUUCCAAGAGGGGCAAGCCAAACAGAAAACCUAGAAAACCAACAGUCAAUAUUACAUUCAUAUAUACAAUCGCAGGAAAGACGAAAGCAAAGGUGUAUUUUUAGAAGCUGAAUUUCCAAACAAUCCAGCGAAUAUCGGUGAAUGAGCGCGAACACAGAACGAAAGAGAUAGAGCUUGAUAGACACGCGCGAGAUCGAUCGAAAGAGAAAAUUAUCAUAGAGUGUUUUUUGCGCUAGGGUUAAAGUUUACUAGAAUUUUUUGCGCUAUAAACAACCCCCGGUUUUCCGGUCGGAGUUUCAAUCAAUCAAUCGUGAAUCCCCGACCGCGAUCCGAACACACAUCACACAUAAACUAGCUGGUAAGGUUACCGAGGUAAGAGGAGAAAGCGUUUUGACAAUCAAUUCAAUCGCUGUUACAGACCAAUCAGGUGCACGUGCAAGCGUGACCCAAAUCGAGUCGUGUUUUCAAACUCUGACAAUCUCUCAAUUUCUAAAAUUUACACACAUAUCUGUCUAGACCGUAACGGAGUGGAUUCACAGUAGGAAUCGCCCAACCCAAUAUAUCCCGACAAUCGUUCUGAAUCUGUGACAAUCUGUUCUAUACAUUUCCGCCGCGUUAAGGCACAAAUAUUAUCGAAUAUUCUAGGUGUAAUCUCCAAUCGAUAAAGAAUUUAGUGGUAUAAAAGAAAUAAAAAAAAACAAAGUUCAAUUAUCAAACAGAAACAAAUCACUAGUUAAAGCAAAUUAAUAUUAGCAUACUACGUCGUUGUUUAGAGAGCUCGUAUUGAUGCAAUCAAUAGAUAUAAGAAUUUAACCGAGAAAGACUACAGUUAACGAGCGUAGUAAAAGCGUUAUAUCAUAUACAGCCCAGAAAAAAAAUCAAUCUCAACGCUCGCCCAGAAGCUGAAAAUUCACGUCACCACGUAUUUCCGACCGGGUCCAAUCUUUUGUCCCCCCUUUAUACCACUGACGCCACCACUGACGCAGCCACCGCUGCAGCAAACGUCAGCCGCCACCGUAGUCGGCCAACCGAUCGGUUCGAGUCCGCCGUCUGCCUAUCCGGCGCAGUUUCCGUUCUAUCCCACAAGUUCCCAUCCGUCGACCCCAUCCUCGUCCACCACCUGUUCAUCGUCGUCGACGGCCGCCGCCGCUGUAGUCUAUAACAACGGUACCGGUUGUAACGCGGCCGCUCAGCUGUGCUACUGUGGUCACUGCAACUAUCAACACCACCAGCAGCUGCUUCUCCAGCAGCCACCCCAGGCUACGACGGCUACCAUCAUUCCGCCAACCCUCAUUCUGAGCCGCUUUACCGAGAUUAAUCUCGGCACCGGUAGCAACUCGUUGAGCGGAAGUGACCCGAGCCUAGCGUCCAGCAACAUUCCCACCGGCAAAGAGAUAAUGCGCGGUAGCGACGAACUCCUCAGUCAGGCAGCAGUUAUGGCACCGGCUUCGGACAACAACAAUCAGGACCUGGCGACCAAGAAGGCCAAACUGGAAACGAAUACCGUGAUCGGUGUGGGCGGCAUCACGAAACCAUCCCGCGUGGUCCACAUCCGGAAUAUCCCGACAGAGUCCAGCGAGGUGGACGUAAUGCACCUAGGUGUUCCGUUUGGUCGUGUGACCAACGUUUUGGUGCUCAAGGGCAAAAACCAGGCUUUCCUGGAGAUGGCUGACGAAAGUGCAGCUACCAAUAUGGUCACCAUGUUCACCGCCAACCCGCCGGUUGUCCGAGGUAGAACCGUGUACGUGCAGUUCAGCAAUCACCGGGAGCUGAAGACUGACCAGAAUCACACGGCGACUAACAUUUCGCUGCAAGCUCAGGACCUCACCCAGUCUCCCACGGGAUCACCACUACCGCUGACGUUGGAGCAUGCUAACUCCAAUUCAACGAGCGGCACAACCGGAACGACAGGCACCACCCAGGGCGGUCCGAAUACCGUGCUGCGAGUGAUCGUCGAGUCGCUGCUGUAUCCGGUCUCGCUGGAUAUCCUGUACCAGAUAUUCCAGCGGUUUGGCAAGGUGCUCAAAAUUGUCACCUUCACCAAGAACAAUUCGUUCCAGGCUCUCAUCCAGUACCCGGACGCGGCUACAGCUCAGCACGCUAAACAGACUCUGGACGGUCAAAACAUCUAUAAUGGGUGCUGCACGUUGCGUAUUGACAACAGCAAGCUUACCUCGCUGAAUGUGAAGUACAACAAUGACAAGUCUCGGGACUACACAAAUCCUACGUUACCGUCUGGUGAGCCAGGUAGUGACGUUAUCGCUAGUGCCGGUGGGCUUGUUUCGGCUGGUGAUCUCCUAUUGCUGGCCGCUGGUCAGCGGCCUCAAUUGACCCGGGAUCGACUAGUCAAAUUAGACAAAUCUCCCUAUUUUCUAGUGAAUGGCUUAGCAACUCCGGGUGUGAUUCCACCAUUCGGUCUGGGUCUCGGCACGCCGGCCUUGGCCAGCGCAUACGGAGGGGCCCUACCGAAUUUGGGCGCCUUUGCUCUGGCAUCGAACGGUGCUCUUGGAACACCCAAUCCGGCCGUUCUGCGGGGACUUUCCAACGUGCUACUCGUCUCCAAUCUCAACGAGGAGAUGGUCACGCCUGAUGCUCUAUUUACCCUCUUUGGGGUGUAUGGUGAUGUACAACGUGUAAAGAUUCUCUACAACAAGAAGGAUUCAGCACUCAUCCAGAUGGCUGAACCACACCAAGCGUAUUUGGCAAUGACCCAUUUGGACAAGCUCCGCAUCUGGAACAAGACUAUCCGUGUAAUGGCCAGCAAGCAUCAGACGGUGCAGUUGCCGAAGGAAGGUCAACCCGAUGCCGGCCUGACUCGAGACUACGCACAGAAUCCCCUGCAUCGGUUCAAGAAGCCAGGCAGCAAAAACUACCAGAACAUCUAUCCACCGUCUGCCACACUGCAUUUAAGCAACAUUCCAGCUACCGUCACCGAGGAAGAGAUUAAGGAAGCCUUCACCAAAAAUGGUUUCGAGGUCAAAGCAUUCAAAUUUUUCCCAAAAGACCACAAGAUGGCUCUGAUACAGCUCAGCUCAAUCGAAGACGCUGUAUGUGCACUGAUCAAAAUGCACAACUACCAGCUGUCAGAAUCGAACCAUCUGCGUGUUAGCUUUUCCAAAUCAAAUAUCUAAGCUACCACCGCCUAUCGCAGCAACAUCAACCGCCGCUAUUUUUAUUGCUGUUACUAUUAUCACUAAAGACUUCUGUUGCUGCUAGUGCUACUAUUGUCGCUACUACUUUCUCGAACAAGAAGAAGUUGCAAUCGGAUCUAUUGCUUACGAAACACACUCGGCUACUUCUGCCACGAGACACAAGGAAAUUGACGGUAUGGAGGAUUAGCUGUUUUUUUUCAUAAGAGGUAACCACCUAGUUGAACCCUAGAACUCCGAGAAUAAACCUCAGCACCGAAUCGUCAUCGCCCUCUCUGAACGUAUAUAUGAAUCUUCGCACUCGAAUAGUUUUCCAAUCUUCGUUAGUGGCUGUCCGCGAGAAUGCAAACGAAAAAAUGAUGCGUCGCUGCGCCAUUGCAUCAACCACAACCGGGUUCUACUGUAUAGAAGAAUGGGGCUUGGCCAAAAGUGCCGUUAAAAGCCGUUGAUAUCUUUUGAAUCAAAUACCCCUCACACACAAAAUCAAACUUCACAGACAAAUGUGUAAAUUGAAUUAGAAUCUUUUUACUAGAGAAAGAUAAGAAAAAGCGUUAAAUGGGAACAAACUAUACCUUUAAAAUCAGAAAAAAAAUCUUACAAUCUAGAAACAAACAAAAACUAACUACUAAACUGCAGAAACAGGCUUGUGUGGCAUGAACGCAUAUAAACAGAGAAGACUCAUCAGAAGAAAAAAAAUUAGCCAGUAGCGUAUGUUCUUGCGAGAAAUCCCAACAAAGUAAGAAAAUUUAAACAAUACCCUAAGCAGAAAUCAACACAACUGGGUAACAACACAGAUACUAUUUAAGAGAGCUGUAGAAAGUCGUAUUUAAAUGUAUUAUUCCAACAGAAGAUUAUUAUCUAGGAUCUGAAAACAAACAAAAAAAUAAGAGAGCAGUCUUACCACCAGCAGUAGCGCAGCGCGGAGAUCUGAUUUUUUAUUGGGAUUUCACAUGGUAUAAUUCUUUCAUUUUUUUAUACAAAUAAUUUCUUUUCUUUUAUCGUAUCGGUAUCGGUACUGGUUAGAUAGCUUGUAAGGAAGAGGAAAAACGGUGGACGGAAUUAUUAAGAAACUUACCUAGAUUGCUUCUUCUCGCUUUGCUCGAAAACUCAGUGAAACAUGAUUACAGUUUCUUAUCGUUUUAUUUUAACCGUUAUGUAAUUAUUAUCUCUCACACUUCUUCAAAAGAAAACAAAAAAUCCAUGGCAACAACCUGUGUGUGUUUAGUCAUAUAUGCGACAACAAAAAAAAACACACACACAAACAAAAGCAGUUCGGAGGGAAUUCGAAGGAAAACAACCUUAUGUAUUAUUAACUGAUAGUUAGCUUUAGAUUAAGGAUUACUUUUUAGGUUUGCUUAAUAAAUACCGAGCUGAUGAACACACAAGCAGGCAGCAAACUACAGAGAAGGAACGUAAACAAUGAGAAAACGAAUUAUUUCCAGUAUUGUUUAUUGUUUAAUUGUUAAUGUGCGAGAGAGGAAGCAAAAGUGGAGAGAGAUAGAGAAAAGUUUACACACCCAGCCCCGUGUUUCGCUCACUUAUAGUGUGGCGGCCGGUGACCGAUAAACAAAGCGGUGUAAAAACUUUAGGAUUAGGUUACGCUGCAAAAUGCAAUCAAUAUAGAAAGUACGUGUUUUGCUUAUAUUCACUGUUAACUGUUUAAGUUGUAGUUAUUUAUGAGACAUUUACGUUAAGAUUUGAAGGAGAUUUUUUUGCGUCUUGGUUGCAAUAGCUUUCGCGUCUGUGGAACGUAAUCCUUUUGGUCGGUUUGCUACUAAAACCGUUGUGAGGUGAAAUCUCAGGUAUAGAAUUGUUCACCUUAAUUUUCAGAACAGCGGUUUUAGUCGAAAUGUCAAUAAGAUACCAUGCAGGAGGCAGUUCCCAACGCGAAAACCUACAUCGAGGAAAACGAGAGAAUGGAAAAAGGUAGAAGAUUGACUGUGCCGGGAAAUGUGAUUUGCUUUGUGAUCAUUUGCCAAAUAAGGGAAUGAGUAUGAAUAGGCUAAACCGUAAACUAUUACUACCAGCAGUAAUUGGUUGACUUCUUAAAAAAUGCUGCACUUCUCUUCUACAUUUCCGUAUUCUAAUUUUCGCUAAAAUAUGUUCAAGCGCGCGUUUGACUGUCGUCGAAUUGUUCAGAACUUCAACUACCGCAGUUGAGACAGGAAGGAACAUGUGUCAAAUCAACGGGUGUACAGUGGAAGGGCAAAAACUCAGAAACAAACAAAAAUAUAUAAUGAAAAUCAAUCAUUUUGUAAUGAACACUGCUAAAACAAUCAUUCACAAGAGAAAGAAAGAGAGUAACUUGAUGCGUGACAUUUCAUCAGUGUGUAAAUUGACAGAACUAUCAAACUCUCGCUCGUUCAUUGAAACAUAAAAACACCUACUGAAAAGCAAACCAAUUGCAUUGACAGGAACACCGACACACACAAACAUAAAUACACACAUACACUAGGAAAAAUACGAGAAAAAUAGGCGUUGCAUUUUUUGAGCUUAUCGAAGAAAACCAACAGAAGUGAAAAAGAACACUUACUAUAGUAAUUAUAUAUAUAAAAAAAACAUUGAGAAAUUAUAGAAAAGUAACUAUAAAAAGUGGUGAUUAAAUCAUUAAACAGUUUUUUAUGAUUAUUAUGAUAAAAAGGUAUAUUAAAACUAUAUAUUUAGAAUAUUAAUCUACAUAAAAAGAGGAUAAAAGGGUGCAAAGAGGCGUUAGAGAAAAAAAAAGGAAAUCAUAAACAAUGGGUAAACAAAAUUAGGAAAAUUAAAAAAAUAUUUACACAAAGACAUAGGCACAGCGCGUGUGACACACAGCAAAGACCAGAAUAGCCAGAGAGCAACACUAGCAGAGAAGAAUUAUCGCCCAUGGGUUCAGAACUAAUCCGAGCAGUGACUGAUAGGCGAACAAGAAAGCGGACCGGAACAAAGGGAUACGGAAAUCUGGCCGACGGUCGAUUCCGAAAUAUUCGAAUAUAAAUAUGAGAAAUCUCGACAAUCAGAUGAUGUUAUAUUUUAGCGAUACAUCUCUAAUCUUCAAACUCUUAUUAUAUACUUGUAAACGAAAAAAUACCACAAAAGCAAAACUUCUUAUCAUACAUCAAUCGAAACUCACACACUCACAGGUACACACAUACCCUUACGCAGCUCAUAAGCUGGGAAAUAAGAAGUUGUUACGAAGCUUACAUGACACGACCACUAAACCAGCAAACAAAGUAAAUGGAUAUCACUAACUAUAUCUUAGCUCUUAAAGUAAAUCAAACACAACACCUACUCGUAAUUAUUCCUUAAAUGGAGAAAAACGUAUCUACUAAUGUUAUUUGUAAACAAUUAGUUUCUUUUCCCAAUUUACCUUCACUAUCCAAUGUACCAAUACCACUAUCGCUAUUAGUCUUUCUGCAACUACUAUUCUAAAUACUACUAUCACCACUAUUACUAUUGCUAACACUAUUACUGCUACUACUGCUAAAACUAACUACUAAUACUACUACUACUAUUAUUAUUAUUAUUGUUAUUAUUAUUAACACUGUCACUUAUACUUCCAAAUUGAGCACAUUCAAUUCUGUUUAGUUCUUAGAAUGAAAGAGAGAUGAAGGGUUAGAAGAGAAAAGAGAUUUCAAUCAGACAUUUUCACACAUACGUACCCAUAUACACACUCGUGAAACUUAUACAGACCAGCAUACUUACUAGGUUGAAGAAUAUGAAAGUGUCGUUCGAAAUAAAACUCGUUAUUGCUGCUAGCCAAAAGUCGUUAGAAGUUUUAGUUAUUGGAGAUGAACAAAAAUAAGAUAGUGAAAAGUAAGUAAAAUCAAGUUGGGAAAGUGGUACAGAUUUUUUUUGCUUAUAUCCUUUCCGUUGAAACUAUAAAUGUUAACUAAGUGCAAGGAGCGAAGUGCUGUUGGGAAAAAGAAAAUGUACAGUAAGACUUACAACUACAGAGAACAGUGCAGACACACAAACAACACUGACUACCACCAUCACCCUCCAAAUGUGAAUUACAGGACAGAACACAGAAGACGAAACAAAUCUCUUUCUGCAUUGAACCAAGAAGCACAUCCCUGCUGCGAGCGAAAAUCUCUUCUUUAUAUCUAUAUUUUUAAUAUUAUUUUUACAUUAAGCCGUGCAGCAACAUGCAAAUAUCAAUAUUCUAUCCCUUUUUCUUAUAAGCAAAUGAAACAAACAAAACAAAAACACACACACACACACGUUAGAAUCUAUUUAUUGUAUAACAAAGCGAACCAUGCAAAAAAGUAAUUAAAUAUCAAAAAAAUAUAUCAAUGUAUUUGAAGUUUAAUCAAAUAAGGAGAAACUGUUCGUACUACGUUUAUUAAAGAAGCUGAACAAACAUAACAGACAAAUCUACGCUAGCGAGGAAUUAGAAAGCGCGCGAUGAAGAGAGAUGGGAGCGGAGAGAGAGAGAGAGCGAAAGCUAGAGCCAAGUACGAAUGAAUUUGAAAGCGAUACAAUCAAAUCAAAUCUCUUUUUCUACAUUUGGUGAAACAAACAAACAAAAAAUACAAUUGUUUAAGAAUCAAAUUUAGUAAAAAUUUUAAUCUUAAAACAACAAAAAUACGUCGCGAGAAAAAGAAUAAUACGAAGGAGAGAAGGCAACUAAGAGAGCCUAGAAAUUGGUGUAUUAUCAUUGCAAUAUUCUUAUCCUAUAAAACUAUAUGCUAUUAUUAUCAUGUAAGCAUUUUUAUCUUACGCUUGUUUACCUUUGUUUUUUUUUUAAAUACAUUUAACGUCUUAUCAGUUUUCGUUCCCUAAAUAAAACGGGGAGACGAAUCUCGCACACAGUAUUGAUCAUUUGUCUCUCGUAUUUUUGUUACUGCUAUGGCUUAGUAAUAUUCAACACAAAUACUAUUUAGAGAAGAAAGAGAUGUGAGUGAGGAGUAACAAACAAAAAACUGUACUAGGAGAUAAUUAUCGAUCGGUCGAUAACAUUCAAACAAAAAAAAAACAGGUGUUGUAGAACGGACAAGUUGAUAAUCAAAACGUAGCCCCCGGAAGCGUGGUGAAAUAUGUGUCAAAUUUAUUCCUUUUAGCGAAACACGAGACAAACGAGCAAAAAGCGCUAAACCGUUUGAUAGACAAACAAGAAAGAAUCUAGGAUGCGCUAUAAUGUACAGAAGACAUACGAAAAACUUACACAAACUUACAUGAACACACGAAUCUACUUUUGACCUUAAACUUCACUAUCACUACUACUAACCUGACACGCCAGUCUAGUGCUGUGUGCUUAUAACAACUCCCUACUUCCAAGUACCGGCGCCUCGUGAGAAGUCACCGUAUUUCUUUUACCGUUUACUUGCUUUCCUGUGUAUUUCGAAAACAAUAAAAAACCUUCCUUCGACUUUUUAAUGUGCGCUUGUAAAACACAGUUUAGAGAAAAAUUAAACAAUUGACGUUUAUAGCAAAACUAGAGCGGAGAGAAUCAUCAUCAUCAUCAGCUAGCCAAAAUUGAACGAACUUAAGUCAAUUCAAUGCCAAACCGGGAAAUGUUUCAGUUCUUUUUAUAACGAGGAAAAUAUAUUGCAUGCAUAAAAGGCACAGGAGAAUUGUUGUUAAUAGUGGUUUUUAACUGUUAGAUAGAGAUCGCGAUCAUCGUUUGAAUUUCUCGUCUCUGUUUUGAUCGAUUGUGAUUUUUGUUCAGUGUAGAGUGCAAUUUUUUUUUGUUUAUCAAAACCCUCACCUAGCUGAAUACCGACUAUUUCCUGGCGUUUAUGUUACUUUUUGGUUUCUAAUUCUAAUAAUCAUCUCUCAAAUCGGUCCAGCCUUUGCGAGAGAAUUAAUGACAUUUUUAAGGUAUUUAUAUCAAAAGCAAAAUCAUCUGCAAGAAUAAUUAGAAAUAGUUUGACGAAAUUUCGCACCGAAAACAGUAGCCUUCUUCUUUGUAAUUUAGUACCAAUAUUUCAAAGUAAAAAAACGGGAUUUCACUGUUCUUGUCAUAUGAUAAGAAAUAUCAAGGCCUACUCAGCCGAACACGGUAACACAGGCAUUCUAGAAAAAAAAAACCUUUUCCACAAAAAUACGACAGUAUUAAGUGCUAUUAGUACUUUGUUUCAAAGAAUCUUUAUCGUGCUAGAUCAUAGAUAAUUGUUUACAUGUAGAGUAAAAAUACAAAAAAAAAGAAUGCCUGCUGCGCGUGCAUUCGAUAAUUAUACAUAAUUGAGGAACUUUUUUUUCGUACGGAGAUUUUUACUAAUUCAAGAUUAGGAAGACGCUAAAACCACGCUAAAGUAAAGGAGGAAGCCUAAUAAAACAAUGUUCGUGAAACAUUUAGGAACAAACCACCAAUUGAAAGCUACAACGUCUGUUAUGUGUAAACUGUAUACAACGUUUGUAAAGAAAGAUUACUUUGCGACAUAGAAUCCUUUGCUCUUUCUCUACAUCUCUCACUACCACUAACAACUAUGGCGCUGCCACCGAAAGCAGCAAUAACACGAUCCCACGUUUUUGUUAGCUAUCAAACACAUUAUCCUGUACUAAUUGAGCUUCAACACACUUGGAAACUGCUUGAACAACAACAAAACAUGAAUCAACAACCAAUCAACAAACCAAGAAGAUAUAGAAUUGUUUACUAUUAAAAAAAAGAGUCAAACAUGAGAGCUUUAAAGGCAACCAAAAAAUGUGAAAAGAAGGAAAUGAAAAAAAAAGACAUUUACAAGAAGAAAAAUCGUGUUAGUACCAGAGUGGGAGAUCAAAGAGAUCCAUCAAAUAAGAAAAAAAAAAAAAACCAUAGUUUAGUCCCGUGACAGGCCGCGCCGAGCCUUCGAAGAAGGCUAGCACCUAAUUCGAAUCCGCGCUAGUAGGUAAAUUGAUGAAGAAUUUUAUUAUUAAGAGAGAGCAAGCAAAACAAAACAGUAUAAAGUAAAACAAAACAGACAAACAUAGUUAUACACACCCACAUACAAACACACUAAAAAGUCUACUACAAGCCGUUAGUAAUUUGAUUGUAACAGCAGAAAAAAAACCUAGUAAAUGAUGCAUGUUUAGCCAAAUUAGUAGAUGACAGCGCAAAGCAGACAAAGAGGUUAAAGAAAAGUUGCAAGGCACUAAAACUUAUUUUUACGGACGUUUAUUUCUACAACGAGGCAACAAAGAAAAAAAUGGUGUAAGAACAACACAACCCCGAUUGAAAAGAAUGUAACGAGUAUAUUGAACACAAGCUGUUAUUAGUUGUAAUUUGUAGUAGAAGAAAAAGAAAGUGGUGCGAAGAACCACGACCGCGCCAGCGAAUAAUUGCUGUAAAUUUUAUUAAUGGGGAAACACACGAGCAAAGGAUGAGUGAUAGACUCACUACCAAACAGCAACAAAAACUACAAUACAGAGAGGCACUUACUGACCGACUAGACUGCAGACGUACAUUAACUGACGAAUAACACACACACAACACACAAACAACAGUAACACACAAUGCUACAACAUCGUGCAGAAAGCGAGAACGAAACAGGAACAACCAAUCAACCAAACAACCAACCAAGGUAGAAGCGCAAUGAAAGUAAAGAGACAAGAAAGCAAAACAAAUCAUCAGAAAGAGACAAUGCAAAGUGUUAAACAGAAGCAAAAAACUGGAAACUGAAAGUAAAAUAAAAAAGGAUUGUAAGGAGAAUAUAUAUUAUGUAUUAAUGAUUAAAAGUAAAAAGUAUGGCUACGAUUUUGUCGUUUUAUAAUAAAAAAAACAUUAAAUAAAAUUUAAAAAACCAGUACAUUAUACACAUAAAAAGAAAUAAAAAUCGUAAAAAAUAAAAAAGUG